AUUUUUUCUUCACACAAAUAAAUUUUUUAUAUACAUCUAUGCUUAUCAUCAAAGGGUCAAAAGAAUAUGAGUAGAAUAUGAAUAGACAAUUCAGAAGGUAUAAUCGUUGGGGAAUACUACGACGGUUUCAUAUGUCUUCUAGGCAUAGAAAUUUCCAGAGUUUACAUGAGACAUUUGUGGAGAAGAAAUCUAUGGACAAAGUGCAUCGCUCAUUCUAUAAUUCAUUGAUUAGUGAGAAGACAUUAUACUCCAAGUCCAAAAUUACCAUACAACCAACUAUACGACAUUUACUCUGUCUACUUGAGAUGGAGACAAAUGGUCAAACCGAUCAUAUAACUUUAAAUUCAAAUAUUAUACCGACCAAGAAAGAUCAAUUACUAGAAUCUAUAAUUUUUCACAUUAUACUAUCUGUAUAUUAUCAUGUACAUAAAGAAAGAGUCAAUAGUCUAUUCCGUAACCAAAUAUACCAGUCUCAGAUAAGUCAUUUGAAUAACUUGGCUAAACAUCUGACAAAGCAAAUCGAAUCCAAUGAAAUUAAUGAAAUCAUAAGUUCAAUUUUAGGUAAUAGUACUACAGAAGAUAUUCCCAAGUCACUUAAAAUUGCGAUUCAGAAGUUCACUAUAGUCUGUGAAGGCAAAUAUAAUGGAACAGAUCUUAAGAAAUGGAUUCUAUCUCUCACUGCUGGCAAUAUUAGAGAUAGUUGUAUGCACUUAGAAGGCUUGAAAUUAAUUCCACCAUUUGUCUUAUCAGAUAUUCUCUUCAGAACAGCAUUAUCCAGAGAAGAUUUUCAACUUCAACAAGAUAUUUGGUUACAUUAUAUCAACAUUAUAGGGAUUUAUUAUGUCGAUAAAAUAUCUCUGUUGAAAACAUGCUUUGAUAAUUUGGUCACAGGAUGUAUCUUUCAUGAUAUUUCCUCUCUACCAAAAUUAAUCAAUGAUUCAAUAAUAGCCUUUCAGAACCCAAGAAAGGGUUUUGGAAAUAUCUUAUUUAUAGAGAAAUAUAAUGAAGAAUUACUUUGGCAUUUGGCAAUGGUUUACUUAAAAUCAAGGUCUGAAAAGUCUAUCGCAAGCAUAGUCUCUGCUCAUGAAUUAGUGGUGAAACUUCUCUCCUCUCAGAAAGAAAAGUUGAAUGAAACACUUGAUUUGAAAGCAUUUCUGGCUAUCACCAUGAUUGUAUCACUAAAAUCUCAGAAUAUGGGUCAAAAACUUUUGGAGAUAGCCGAGAAGAGAUAUUUGGCAGGAGAAUUUAAUAAUUUGAAUAAAACAGUUGUUGCUUAUCAUAUAUCGAAAUUAUUUUUGUCUGAAUCUCCUGAAGAAUUACUUCGAAAUUUUAAUUUGGCAUCAGAAUCAUAUAACAACUCAGCAAGUUUAUGGUUGAUAUUUCUAAUGAAACUAAAGGACUUUAAAUUGCUUACACCGUUGAGAUCUAAAAGAGUACUUACAGAAAUCUUAAAGAGAAAAGAUUCAUUAAUUCUAACAAAGGAUAUCUUUGCUGUUUUGAUGGAACCAAUCAAUGAACUAAAGGACUUUAACGAAAUGAUCAAUUUAUUGGAUAAUCAAUUGACAAGUCGGCUUCGAAGUAUAAUAUUGCCGAAAUAUAUAAAGAUUUUAUACGAUAAUCAUAAUAUGGAUGUUCAAUUGCUAAGGUUUCCUUGGGAUAAAGAUAAUACCGAUAACUUGGGUACAUUGGAUUAUGCUCGGCAUAUUUACUAUGAUUGUAUUAAACAUAAAUCUGUUAAUACAAUCGCUACAAUGUUAAAGGGAGAAGCAAUGGCUGCACCCGCUGGAGUUUAUGGUAUCUAUAAAGAACAACUUAUUGAUAAGGAUAUAAAACCAAAUGAAGGAUGUUUGGAAGCACUUAUUUCAGCAUCCAGUCAAUCAUCUAAUGGACUCUUAAUUUGGGAUGAUGUAUACGCCCCUCAAGUAGCCAUUAGCGAAUUUAAUAGACUAACAGGAGAGAUCAAUUGUUCCAAUUUUAUUUGGAGAACAUAUAUACGAAUGUUAGCGAAAUAUAGAUAUAUUCACGAGCUAGCAGGAAUUAUACAACAAUGGGAACAAUCCCAAUUUAUUCCCGAUCAAUAUUCAUUAUUACUUUUAUUGGCAUCCCUACCUAUAGAACAUUCGAGAAGAUACAUAGCUCAUUUUGAAAAAGUUAGAGAAAAUACUACUCUUAUCGAUAUCAAUCCCUCGGGAUCAAAUUCAGAUUCAGAUUCAGAUUCAUCUUCAUGGCCAUGGCCAACAUUUGAAGAGUUGGAACUUUUCAAAGCCCGUAACUUGUCAUUAGUAGCAUAGUUACCCCAUAGUAACAUAGUUACCCCAUAGAAAUACCAUUGUAGAUAUGUAUACUUACCUGUAUGUAAUAAUAAAACCACAAGUACACUACUGCUACAACCCCGGCAAAUUGUUUUUUGCACCCUUUAAUUCCGCUGGCCAAUCAUAUUGCGAGCUCGCGGCCUCGGAGCCUGUAAAACAGUUCCGUUAUUUUUCACU